CCCCUGAAGCUCGUCAACAAUGGAUUUCUCGAGGAUUUUGGCCCCCAUUGAGGAAGUUCAAGGGAUGCGAAGGCCGAAAACGAAGAUCGUCUGCACUCUCGGCCCCUCAUGUCGAUCGGUAGAGAUGAUCGAGAAAUUGCUUAGGGCUGGGAUGAAUGUGGCGAGAUUCAAUUUCUCUCAUGGAACUCAUGAGUAUCAUCAGGAAACCCUAGAUAAUCUCAGGAUUGCGAUGGGUAAUACAGAGAUCCUCUGCGCCGUAAUGCUCGACACAAAGGGUCCUGAGAUCAGAACUGGGUUUUUGAAGGAUGGGAAGCCCAUAAGGCUAGAGAAAGAUCAAGAGAUCACCAUAACCACGGAUUACAGCAUAAAGGGUGACCAAAAGUUGAUAUCGAUGAGCUACAAGAAGAUGGUUCAGGAUGUAAAACCUGAAAGCGUUAUCCUCUGCUCUGAUGGCACGAUUUCACUCAAAGUAAUAAGUUGUGAUGCCGAGAAUGGUCUGGUUCACUGCCGCUGCGAAAAUGAUGCUGUUCUUGGCGAGAAAAAGAAUGUGAAUCUUCCGGGAGUCGCCGUCGAUCUCCCCACCUUAACCGAGAAAGACAAGGAAGACAUUCUCAAUUGGGGCGUCCCUAACAAAAUCGACAUUAUCGCUCUCUCCUUUGUGCGUAGAGGUUCUGAUCUUGAUGAAGCUAGAAACCUUCUCGGUGAUCAUGCGAGUUCCAUCAUGCUAAUGUCUAAGGUGGAGAACCAAGAAGGAGUCUCCAAUUUUGUGGACAUACUUGAACACUCUGAUGCCUUCAUGGUGGCCAGAGGAGAUCUUGGCAUGGAAAUACCAAUCGAGAAAAUCUUCUAUGCACAGAAGACAAUGAUAAAAAAAUGCAACAUUAAAGGAAAGCCUGUGGUCACUGCAACACAAAUGCUGGAAUCCAUGACAAGAAACCCUCGUCCCACCCGCGCUGAAGUCACCGAUGUCGCAAAUGCUGUCCUUGACGGCACCGAUUGCGUCAUGCUCAGCGGCGAAACCGCCGCUGGAGCUUAUCCGGUGCUCGCAGUCGAUACAAUGGCAAGGAUUUGCAUGGAAGCAGAAGCAUCGAUGAUGAAUUAUGAAGCCGCGUUUAAACGAGUCGUGGCUGCAACAGAGCUUCCAUUAACUCCAUUGGAAAGCAUUGCUUCUUCGGCGGUUAGAACUGCAAACUUUGUCAGAGCUGGACUGAUUCUCGUGCUGACAAGAGGAGGAACUGCUUCAAAACUUUUGGCCAAGUACAGGCCAAUGAUGCCUAUAUUGUCUGUGGUGGUUCCUGAGGUACAUAUAAAAAACGAUGUUUUCGAUUGGUGUUGCAGCAGUAUAACUCCGGCAACCCACAACCUGGUUUACAGAGGAAUUUUUCCAGUGUUGACGGAAGGAUCAACGAAGGCUUCGCAAAGCGAAGCGACUGAUGAAAUGAUUGAACUUGGUCUCCGGUAUGCGAAGGAAAAGGGGCUCUGUAAGUCUGGUGAGUCUGUGGUGGCGUUGCAUCGUGUGGGUUCUGCAGCUGCUGUGAAGAUAUUGACAGCUUAGUCAUGGUGAUGUGACAGUUUUUAAGGAAGUUUAGUUAGUUGUUUCAAAUGGUUUCAAUUUAUGAUUUCAAAUUUUUAAUUA